AUUGGCUCUGUUUACUUCUGACGUUCCUUCUUUACCCGUGCACCGGUCGAAUGUCGAGCGACCGGAAAAGGGGCGAGGCACUGUAGUCUUCUCCGAUCGUUCCUUCGCUUUCGGCACCGCGAUGGGGAAACGAGACACGCGGUACGCGUUCAUGAACCCGAUCGCGAUGGCGCGUCUUCGCGGGCCCUCCGGUCCGAGUGGGCCGACCAUCAAGGACUACCUGAGCCGCAACCGUCCCACCUGGGAAGAGGUGAAGCGGAUCAUCGAGAAGAAGAAGCAGGGCUCCAGCACGCUGGCCGCGUGGGAGGAACACCUCAACAGCAAGUUCGAAGAGGAACUGCGCAAAAACCGCGAGCGAGUCAUGGCGGAACGCGCUUCCACUUCAAACGCCGGCGCUUCGUCGUGCUCAAAGAGCAAGAAAAGACGUCGCAGGUCGUCUUCGUCGUCCUCUUCUUCCUCGUCGUCGACUUCGACGACGUCGAGAAGCAGGAGCAGCAGCCCGGCUCAGUCGUCGAGCGCGUCGGAGGGCAGUCGUCACGACUCCGAGCACCGCAAGCGAAAGAAGCGGCGGCACAAGCACAGAAGCAAACAUUGCUCGAAGUCGUCCUCGGGUAACAAGGAAGAACACCCCGCGACUGCUUCCGAGGAGAGAACCUGCGAACGGGACCACUCGAAGAAGAAGAGAAAGAAGUCCAAAAAGAAACACAAGAGGCACAAGAAGGAGAAAGCGGAGUGAUUAAAAUCAAAGUCGUGGUGCAAUCGUUUCUCUUUUUUCAGCUAGGGACACGUGAGAGCGACUUUUGACCAUCAGAACGUCCCGAGGUUUCUUUUAAAAGAUUUAGACCAUGGUGCUGAAAGUGCCGAGAAAGGAGUGGCCUCUGUGAUGCUAGUUGCUUGAGCGACGAAUGUGUUACAAAAAGCGACGUGUCGCAUGACUGCACAGACGCUUCGUUAUCGACGACAGCGAGGAACGAUGGUGAACUACAAGCGUUGCGUCUGUGUCGUGCAUGAAAUGUACCAGGCGCACAGCUGUUCCUAUGCCGCCCCGGUGAAUUGUAAGAGAGACUGCAGAUGUCUAGAUGAGCUAUUAUAUGAGGGUUUAAAUCUUGGCUCGCGAACGUGCGCCGGCCUGAAAGAACUUAGAUGUGCUAACUGGGUGCCGGAAAUUACCAACCGUCUCGACGCCUAUCGAACGCGUGCAGAAUCGUGCACCUUUGAUCGUCAACCAAAAUUGGGAAACUGAUGAGACAUCAAUAGACCGUUCCGUUAACGGCGGGUAUAGAAAUUUGGGUGAUAUACGGUCUUAUGUACACGCACAUUCUGCUCAGUUUUACUUGUUCGUGAGAAAAGAAGCGUUCAGCAAUUGUCACACGCUGCACUCUCGAUCGGGAUUGAAAAUUGUUAUUGGUUCAUUUAUGCAGACUGUAAGCGGAGCCCAAUUCCUGUCGGCAAGUUCAAUUGCCAUCAGACCCCCCCCCCCCCCCCCCCCGAUUUAGACUGAAUCACUCCACUGAUAGUAAUAUGAACCAUGAGAGUAAAAUAACUAGAAGAAUAAGGAUGGGGUAGAGCACAUUCGGCAAGCGUUCUGAAAUCAUGAGUGGUAGUAUAGCACUAUUCUUCAAGAAGAGCCCCGCUGCGGUGUUCUAUUGGCUAAGGUGCUCGGCUGCUGAUCCGCAGGUCGCGGGAUCAAAUCCAGGCUGUGGCGGCUGCAUUUUCGAUGGAGGCAAAAGUGAUGUAGGGUUGUGUGCUCACAUUUGGGUGCACGUUAAAGAACACCACGUGGUCCUAAUUUCCAGAGCCCUCUACUACGACGUCUCUCAUUCGAAUGGUGGUUUUGGGAUGUUAAACACCACAUAUCAAUCUCUGGAAGAAAAUUUAUAACAGCUGUAUCUUGCCGGUACCUACCUACAGAGCAGACACCUGAAGGUUUACAAAAAGAGUUCAACUUAAAUUUAAAAUGACGCAGCAAGCUAUGGAAAGAAAAGUUAUAGGUGUUGCAUUAAGAGACAGGAGAAAAGCAGAGCGGGUCAGGGAACAGUGGGGUUAAGGAUAUCACAGUUGAAAUGAAGAAGGCAUAGACAUAAGCCAGGCACAUAAAGCGUAAGCAGGACAAUCGCUAGGCAUUAGGGGUAACUGACAACUCGAAGAAAAGGCAAACACCUGAGGAGGAGAUUUAAAAGUUUCUAGGUUUAAUGUGGCAGCAGGAAGCACCGGGCUAGGUUGAAUGGCAGAACAUCGGAGAGUUCUUUGUCCUGCAAUGAACAUAGACUACUCAUAAUGAUGACUCAACUGGCAUUAAUUUCAUUUUACAUCUUGUGCUAAUAAGUCAAUUGUAGUUAAGAAACUUUUAAUGCAAUAGCUUCAAGGAGCUCGUUUUGCAGAAAUGUCGGUGUCCUUGAUUGUGAGCGAAAAAUCAUCUUUACGUGACUGAAAAAUCGAAAAAGCUGCAAAUAAAAAAAAUACUGGGUGCCAGUGGAGAUCGAACUCGGAUCUUUUGGGUGUCAAGUGGGUGUUCUACCACACAGCCAUGCCUCUGCUUCUGAAUACAAUGAAGAUAACUUCCUUUGCUUGGAAAUGCAGCGAAAGUUACUUUCAUGCUUUACAAACACACGUGUGCUCUCAUGCGUUACAAACACAAAAUCAACUAUUGCCAUGAUAAUGCGUGGUACAGGCAUACAUUGCCAUGGCGCGUCGGAACAUGGAAUUAUCAUAAUGACUUCAUAGUUUAUAAAGCCAGUCACCCACUACAAAAGGCACACACGCUACUGCACCAUCAAGGCCACGUAGCGGGUGCAUAGCAAGUUCGAGAAGAUUUCAUACACUAAGUCUUCGAAGUAUGCACUAGAAACAGAAUAUCGCUGUUGCAUUCAACUCUUAAAGGUGAGGUGAAGCUUAAGGGUCUCCCAAUUUUUAUCAGAAUCAUACUGUGUGGCACUUGGCACUCAUGUUAUUAUUCUUUUAUUGUGUUUAGUUUUCUUAGCUCUCAUAAUUGCGACUACAUUUGAAAAAUUCAAGUAACGCCCAUGUGCUUGAGCUAGUUGAGUUUUGCUGUGUCUAUUUUGCAUCUCACUAAGCUCUGUAUUCUUUUCUCGUUAUGAAAGCUUUCCCUCCUAAAUACAGCUACUGAUGUCUAGGAGGAUUGAUUCUGCAUCUCAUACCCUCUUCUAUUUGCUGCCAGCACUUAGAAACACCUCUUGCUAAUCUCAACAGUGGACCAAGCUCCCAUCAGCUUUGCAUGCCAACACUUCUGGAAGCAUGGGUUUUUGCCUGUCUUGGCUGGAUGAAUGCCUUUGUCACGGCACCACAUGUGCCGAGACCACAAUGUGCUAACGUUUGUCUCGUAAAAGCUGUGGUUGCCGUAGAAACUACAACUUCGAGCUGAGCAUGCCUGGGGCAGUCAUCUCGGUCUGUCGCUAUCAGUGACGCCUUCGCAAGAUUUCUUGAGGUAUUCACGUGAUGACGUCAUCUGCGAGGAACACUAGUGCAGCGUCGCUAUACCCAUGGUCUCGCGCGAAUCGGACUUCAAUCAAAGUUCUCGUCAGCACGUGUUAUGCUGAUAUUUUUUUCUGAGAAAACGACGUAGUAAAUUGAAGGGCCACUAAACUUCAAACUGUCACAUGCUAAAUUGCUGAAUGAUAAUGGCUAUGGCGAUGCCUGGAAGGAAGCAGGCAGUGAAUACCACCUUUAGUCAGUUACAUUCUAAAAAAUAUUGUUAGCUUGCCCACUAAACCAUUGUGCACUUUCCCUUCACCUGUGAAAUAUGGAUGUACUAGGUCACUUCCACUCAAAUUAUAAUUAUAGCUUAUGUAGUACCACAUACAAUAUCAACUAAAAUAUUACAUCACCUAAAAUAUUGCAUGUGGCUGAGCAGCAAUGUCAUAGACCGUGACAAAAUUAACCAGGACGUUCAAGUGUUGACCUGAAGUAAGCAACACCAAUGUGUGUCAGUUUUGAAAAGUCAACUAUCUGAAACACUUGAAAACUGCUUGAUGUUACGAAAACGAGUAAGUGCUAUUGGUUAAAACAUGUAUGCAAAUUAUCUGGGAGGAAAAGCAAGGAGUGGGUGAAGCUAGAAUUCUUAGGUUUUACUCGAGCCAUAUAUGCGUAGAACCUACGGGUCACGGCAGUCUGGCAUGGUGCCAUCUGUGAUAAGACGGCGUGCAAGAAAAGGCGUUUGUAGAUGCGACGCAUCUGGCGAUAACCUUGUGAAAUCACGCAGAAGGAAAGGUUGACAGGUAGGGAUCGCCCGAGAUUAUCGCCACUGAUAACAAUGGUGUGUGGUUACCCACGACUGGUACACUACUGUUAUCGAGUUCCACGGCCCUUGUGGGACCAUUUGGGUGAAGCGUAACUGCGAUUUCGUGCCAUUUUGCUCAUAUUUUCGAGGUUCCUUUGCCAAUGACUCGAGCUUGUGUGCAUCACUGCAAUUCAUUUUGACACACUCAGAACAUAUCUCAAGCAACAGUGGCAGCCUUGAAAAAGUUUGCCUGACCACUCAGAGGGUGCGUAAGCACAUUGCUUUCUCACCGGAGGUAUCCCAACUGUAGUUGCAUGUGGGCAAAGAGACGCUGCAGUGUUGAGUGAUGUACAGGUGGGUACACUGUUAAAGGGAACAAUCGCAUGCAUGGCCUGUUUGGAUUUUAUUCUUAUUCAAAAGCGUAGGAGCUUACAUUUGCAUAGGACUACCGGUGAUUGACAGUUCUUACUCCUUGCGACAGAGUAGUACCAUAAGUGAGCAUUGUUUAUCCACUUGCUGUGAGUGCUGCCAUUAUGAACACUACUCAUUGUAGUGUUCAACUUUGACAGGGGGCCUUACUGCACAUGCUAGUCACAAAAGCACUUAUGGUGCAGGCAUGUGCAUUCAAAUUGAAGUUGUUUCCAGUUGUGCAAGGGGAAGCUGUGGGCAUUUUUUGAACCCAGAGCUUUCUGCUGGUUCUGUGAAAUGAAAACGGCAAUGAAAAGCACCAAAAAUUACAAAUAGAGUUCUCGCUCAUGUCACAUUUCAAAUCAGGAUGUCAGUGUAGAGUCAUGUUUUUUAGACUAAAUAGUAUGCUAAAAAAUUGUACACGCGCAUAUAGAGGAUGACGGGGCGCAUGGGCAUGCACACGAAAAGAGCAGUGGAGGAAAUGCGCCGCCCCCCCCCUGAACACCUGCAAAGGGGCAAUGCAGGGUCUGCACUAUGCGUUGAUCUGCACUGUGCAUGCUUAUGAGUGAGCAUGAGAGUUCAGUGUAUCGUGUUGUACUCGAUACGGCUGUGGUAGUUUGGCAGGCAACGUGUUGUGCUGCUGAGCAUAGGUACGCGGGUUCGAUUCCUAUGCCUGGACGGUCUUGUUUCAGUAGGGGAGAAUGCAAUGACGACGGUCUACUUAUAAAUAGGUGCAUGUUUAAGAGCUCCAGGUGGUCGAACUCAAUGUGGACUCCCCCAUAAUAAUGUGACCCAUGGCUGUACCAUUGUUUUGGAUCGUGAAACCAAAGAAUUUAAUUUUCAUGUUCUGCUCGGCAAGGAAUUGUUAGGCCAGCUUAACACUGUUGGGGCCCUGCUUCAUUACCCAAGCCCCUCUGAACACACUUGUUGUAUGCAAUUUGUGUAUUAUGGAACCUCUACCACCAAUCAUACGCUAAUUCCUUUAAAACAAGAUCAAAACAAUACUGAGCUCAAUAUCUGCACCUCAGCAAAAUAUCUUCUGCAAAAAUAUUGAGAGCUGCUUUUAUAUGACACUUAACCACAAGGCAUAUUACAGGUAGAAGAAAUGGGUUUAAAGGGACAUUUAAGUGAAACAAUGAAUCAAUUUAAAUCUGCAACAUCUCAGCAAGUUGGUGUGGGAGCUUCAAAGUGGUGUCAUCACAUGCAUCUUCUUUUUCCAUAUUUUCUUGCUUGCCAAGCUUAUUUUUGGCAAGGAUUCUAGUUUUUUUAUUGUGUAAGGGUAAUUUGCUAAUACAGAGGAAAUCGCAUUUUUCUUUUGUAUCCCCUUAAGUGUACAGGUGAUAUGACCCAAAAUUUAGAUUUCUCAGCUCCCACAAAAGGCCCAUGACAGAACACAGCCACCAUCUAAUCAACUGAUAGCGUUGGCUUAAUGUUAUCCCAAGGCUCACUGGUACAUGUCAUCAAAUGUGAAUGAAACUCGAAUAGAGGGUCUGUGGAAAAUCACACAAGCUGCCUUUGGCGUCUUAUGUAUGCUUAAUGCAUCUUUGUAGGCCCACUGGGCAUGCUUUGCCAUUGAAUAACUUGCAUCAAACCUUAUUUUAUGGAUCACACAUUUAUGCAAUAAGCUGCACUGUUGUGCACAGCUGUAGCGUAAGUAGUAAGGUUUGGGGCAUAAUAAGAGGCUAGUAGAUCAAAGGUACGUGGGUGAUGCAAUACAACACUACUAUGUCAGAGAAGACCAUUGGCACAUUUAUUCAGUGACAAACUUUCUUGCAGCGAAAAGGGAUUCAUAAAGUUGACUGAUGACCGACUACAUGGCAUGUCUCUACCGUGCAAACAAACGUUAAACCCACUGCUGUGGUCAUGUGUUAUGGUGUUCGAAUGCUAGCCUGAAAGUAGCGGUAUUGAAUCCCAGCAGUGGCAGCUGAAUUUUGAUAGAGGCAAAAUUCAACAUGCCUAGGUGCUUAAAUUUAGGUUCAUGAGAACCUCGGGUGGUUGAAACAUCUGGAGCCCACCUCUAAGACAUACCUCUUAAUUCUAUUGUAGCUUUAGAAUGCAGAACCGUAGCUAGUAUUAAGCUUCAAAAACCGCAUGUGACAAUGUGUCGAAGUUUCUACCUAUAAAUUGUUUGCUUUCAAAUUUUGUAACAUUUAUCUGAUCACUGAGAGUGAAUACCAUCCAAAGCUCUCCAUGCACUUCUGCAGUUUGGCUGUGUGACUCACUUUGAAGAGAUGUUCAACAUAAAGUGGUCUAUAUUGUCAAUUGGUGCUCACUUAUGAUCGCAUAUGCUCUCAUCUUGUGAUUUUACAUUGCUUCUUUGUAAAAACUUGGAAUGCCCUUGGACGAGCUAUGGUGUGAGAGGAAUGCGUGAGAACGGAAAUGUUCCAAUUCCUGAAAUAAACUGGUUGCUGUUUGAAAAGAA